AUGGGCGGAAAAGACUCGGUGCGCGGGCCCUGGCCGUGGAUGGGCAGCCUGCGCCUGCCUAAAGGCCACCACUGCGGAGCGAGCCUGCUCAGCCGCCGCUGGGUGCUCUCGGCCGCGCACUGCUUGGUAAAGCACAAGAAUCCCUCAGAGUGGACGGUCCAGUUUGGCGAGCAGUCUUCUAGGCCACCUUUCUGGAACCUGUGGGCCUUCUACCAUCGUUACAGAGUGCAGGAUAUUAUUAUGUACCCGCAGUCCCAGGGGGCUUUGCUCAAUGACAUCGCCCUGCUGAAGCUCUCCUCCUCCGUCAUCUACAAUAAGUACGUCCAGCCCAUCUGUGUCCCGGCCUCCUCCUCCGAGUUCCAGAACCGGAACAACUGCUGGGUGACCGGCUGGGGGUACCUCGAUGAGAAAAACCCUGGGCCCCUCCUUUGGCCGGCUCAGCAUUCUCUCCUCACCUGCUUUCUGCUCCUGCUCCCCGCGAAACGGCAGGACCUCUGUACCCACGCUGAGUUCCUCUCCCUUCCAGAGACUGAAGUGCAGGUCUCCAUCAUAAACAAUUCCAGGUGUAACUACCUGUUUCAACAGCCUCAUGUCCUCAAACGAAUCCGGGAAGACAUGAUUUGUGCUGGCGCUGAGGAAGGCGGCAUUGACUCCUGCAAAGGUGACUCAGGUGGACCCUUGACCUGUGAAAAGAAUGGGCUGUGGAUUCAGGUUGGAAUCGUGAGCGGGGGAGUGGGCUGUGGGAGGCCCAACCAGCCCGGUAUCUACACCAACGUCAGUAGGUACUUCAGCUGGAUCCAGACGCUGAUGGCCUGCAGCACACCCAAGCCGGACCCCACUCAGCUGCUGCUGCCCCUCGCUCUGCUCUGGGCUGCCCCACUCCUGCAGCUGGCUGUGUGCACCUGA